GUGUCCAAUUGGCACUCAUAACCUAUGCCUCUUACAGCCACCCUACCCGCCACCCUACUCUCUGUGGCAGCCUCCAAUCUCAGACCCCAAAGGUCAAAUUUCAGCCAUGCUUUUGCAGGCAAUCUCAUCCUCAAUCCUCUGCCACUUCAAUUAUACAAAAGCCAAGUUUCCUUCUAUUAUUUCAUCCACUUUCUCCUUCUCGUUUCAACACACCCAACAAAGUUUAAAGUGCAGAGCAAUCAAGCAGAUUCAGAUAUUUCCUCCAUUUCAGAUUCGAGAAAUUCACAAGUAAUAAAGGCUUUGAACGUCAGGAGGAUUAGCACUGCUAUUCCGAUUCAGAGAUAACGUUAAACGACAGGCUUUGCCUAUACAGGUGGGCUUAUUUUCCAAAUGUAUGAUUUAGCUAAUGAGCUUAAAUGUUCGUAAUAUAUAAACUGUUUAUCCAAUAAAAUGUUUAUGUGCACUCUGCUCUGUUUAAGGCUCGCCACAACGAAUCAAUUGAGGUUCUCUUAUAGCCUAACACGUUAUUUGAGAAUUGUGUACACCGUUAGCUGACUCGGUGGGUUGAUCUCCAUUCGGGCACUAACUAAGAGGCGUUAUAAGGAUGCUUGUUGGAUGUGUUCCGAAGCAUAGAAUGUAAGGGCCUGCCUGGGUAACAUCCCGAGGUCAAAAGUAAACUUGUCUGGGUUACGCCCUCAGUUCAAGUAAAUGGGAGAAACGGAUCCGUCAGUGGCUAGAG